CACGCAACAACCAGAUAUCAACUUCCAACUUUCAGCCACGAGUAGAUUAAAUGAAGGCAGGAACGGGCAGAUAUGUGGGCAGAUGAUGGUGGCAUAUGUAUAGUUGUCAUGUUUCACUGUGGUAUGAAAGUGGUAUGAAAACAGAUGUGACAGCAACAUUGUGUCAACUCUUACCAGUGCUCUCAUCAUAAACCUGAUGAAAGCACAAUUUGGGACACUAAUGUGCUGAGCAUGAUGGUAAAAAAAAUAAUCUGGGUUUGGCAACCAUUUUUGGCAACAAGAGCUACAUUGUCAAUAGUUGGCACAUGCUUUUCCCUGUUUUCAUCUCCAUUUUGGUUUCUCAUUAGCAAUGACACCAACGCGAACCAACUUAUAGAAUAACACUUAGCAUUCUGUUGAGAUUCACAGGCCACUGAGGGGACAUUCUAGUUCCACAUCCACAGUAGCUUAAUAUCUUCCCGUUUCAUUAGAAAGGUUUAGGUUCACUGCACCCAUGAACAGUUGAUUUGAAGAGUGGGGGAGGAAGGCAGUGAUCCUACCACUGGCUAUUGUCUUGGGACACAGCGUGGAAGCUCAGACAAAUCCCUCUUAGUUGCAGGUGGUCAGGCGUGAGCAAAGAGUUAAGUCCCAGGGUCUCUCUGCCCCUCCCCUUUGAUGUUCUGACAUCACCUAGCCCCGCCUCCUGAAAGAUCUUUCUCCGUCUGCUUUGCUUUCCAGAAACAACAAGUGUCUGUUCCUUCAGUUCAGUCUCUGUUCUACUGUGGAAGAGUAGAGUUCACAGGAGGUGUAUGCCAAUCCAAAGCCUCAGUGCUAGCUUCAGGAAACCAGACCGAGGUUUUAGAACAAGCCACUUCGGAACUUGUCACUCUUGAUAACCUUCAAUGUUGUUCUUGUAAAUGCUGGGAUUCCCCCGGGGACAGGAACAGGACGAAAUGCUUUGAUGUGGGAGAAGAGGCUCUUUGCGCCGCCGCAGUAAAAGCUGCGGACCAGGUCUCUGAGGCUGCAGUGUCUCCAUACGAGCAGUCAUGGCUGUUCAGACGGCAGUUAUGAACUCUCCGUUCAUCAACUUCUGUUUCCCUGGGGCUGUUCUGAUGGAGUAUGACAUGGACAAGAGCCUGGAUGGGAGUCUGCUGGGGGAGAUGGGGAGCGAGGAGGGGGGCGACUUCAGAGAGACCACCAGGGAUCUGCUCAGCUUCAUCGACUCUGCCUCCAGCAAUAUCAAACUGGCUCUGGACAAGCCGGUCAAGUCCAAGCGGAAAGUCAACCACCGGAAGUACCUUCAGAAGCAGAUCAAGAGGUGUACCGGCAUCAUCAGUCCUCUGGGGAACCCGGCACCAGCAGCCCCAGGCCCAGGGCUUGGGCCCAACAAGAGGCAAGGUUCUGGUUCACCCACCCAGGCCCAGCCGCAUACCAGCCCGUUCCAGCCAGGCAAACCCAUCCUGAAGCGGGAUGGGCUUCAGGCCAACCUGCAGAGCAAGAGCCUGGCUGCCCUGUUCAAACCCGUCAAGGAUCCGGUCAAGGGGGAGCGAGCCAAGAAACCUCCACUGAGGCACCGGAACCUUCCCCUGUCCUUUUUCACCGAGCCGGCCAACAGCCCCACCACCGCCACCAACACCCCUGGUGUGACCUCGACUUCCGGAAUGUUCCUCGAGGACCUCGAGCGGGGAGGCGGGAAUCCAGAGGCAGCUGACUUCUUUGAGCUGCUGGGGCCAGACUACAGUCAAAUGCUGGGUGACCAGGACUUGUUUCAGCCUCAGAGCAGGGCUGGUAGGGUCUUUCAGCACCUGAACCCGGACAUUAACGGGCCAGACCAGGCCUUACCCCCCUCUUACGACCCUCAACAACUUGUGGGUGGAUUUUUGUACGCAGAACCUUGGAGUACCACGUCUUGCACCGGACCUUCUAAGAAGGGAGGGGAGAACACACGGAACAGCCUGGGUCCUCAGACUAUGUUAUACAGCCACUCCGACCCCCCAAUGACUGGUUCUGGAGAGGACAACACACUGUGUGCCUUGGCCUUUUCCAAUUACUUCCCAGACUGCUCUGUUCCCCAGGUGUCCUAUGAUUUGAGUGGUGGUGGCUACACUAGAACAGUUUUUUCUUCUCUUCAGCAAUGAGAUGUUCAUUCACUGCUUUGCCAGUCUGGGACUGGAGGUUGUUUGUUUAUUAUGGAGUUAGAUACAGUAUUGCGAUGCUGUCAUUGGUAGUGAAGAGUUUUUUCCUGAUAUACUGUAAUGUUUAUAGACCUGGACGUUAGUUCAACUCUUAACGAAAAUGUUCAAUUAUCCAUGCCAUUCAUUUGCAAAAAUGUGACACAAGCUUUUUAAUUAAUAUAUGUCUGGGAAAAGCUCCUAUAUGAACGGAUAAAUAUUACAAUGUCUCUUUGAUCUCUACUGGAAACAGAAGAGGGUUGAAAAAGGGACAGUUUAUUUCACUGUUAAGGAUAAUCAUCACAAUGUAGCUGGAACACCGUACUGAACAUGCUCUGACUGAACACCUGAGUAUCGUACUGAACAUGCUCUGACUGAACACUGAACUGAACAUGCUCUGACUGAACACCGUACUGAACAUGCUCUGACUGAACACUGUACUGAACAUGCUCUGACUGAACACUGUACCGAACAUGCUCUGACUUAACACCUGAGUACCGUACUGAACAUGCUCUGACGGGAAAACUGUACUGAACAUGCUCUGACUGAACACCUGAGUACCGUACUGAACAUGCUCUGACUGAACACUGUACUGAACAUGCUCUGACUGAACACCUGAGUACCGUACUGAACAUGCUCUGACUGAACACCUGAGUACUGUACUGAACAUGCUCUGACUGAACACUGUACUGAACAUGCUCUGACUGAACACCGUACUGAACAUGCUCUGACCGAACACCUGAACACUGUACUGAACAUGCUCUGUCUGAACACCUGAACACUGUACUGAACAUGUUCUGACUGAACACCUGAGUACUGUACUGAACAUGCUCUGACUGAACACCUGAACACUGUACUGUACAUGCUCUGACUGAACACUGUACUGAACAUGCUCUGACUGAACAACUGAACACUGUACUGAACAUGCUCUGACUGAACACCUGAGUACUGUACUGAACGUGCUAUGACUGAACCCCUUAACACUGUACUGAACAUGAUCUGACUGAACACCUGAGUAUUGUACUGAACAUGGUCUGACUGAACACCUGAGUACUGUACUGAACAUGGUCUGACUGAACACCUGAGUACUGUACUGAACGUGCUAUGACUGAACCCCUGAACACUGUACUGAACAUGCUAUGACUGAACACCUGAGUAUUGUACUGAACAUGGUCUGACUGAACACCUGAGUACCGUACUGAACAUGGUCUGACUGAACACCUGAACACUGUACUGAACAUGCUCUGACUGAACACCUGAACACUGUACUGAACAUGCUCUGACUGAACACCUGAACACUGUACUGAACAUGCUCUGACUGAACACCACACUGAAGAUGCUCUGACUGAACACCUGAAAACCAUACUGAAUAUGCUCUGACAAAACACCGUACUGAACAUGCUGUCAUUACUCAGCACAUAAAAACCUGCCGCAUGGUUUAAAAAGCAACACUGCGUAGCAUGUUUGAAUAGGUGGCGGACAUACAGCUGUUAGAAGAGCUAUUAUCCCACUUUCUCAUAAUCUGAAGAUGCUAUACAAAAUGUAAAGAAGAAUACUGUGUUCAAGGAAUGUGACAAGACAAAAUAAAGCUGGCCUUUAUUACUAUAA